CGUAUGCACUUAUAAUAUUGUCUUUGCAGUAGACGCUGUUUGCAACACUCAGGUAAUCAAAAGGGGUUCCGUCAGCGCGUGCACAAUAAUUUUUGACCGCACUCGGAGCUGUCUCUUUCAGCACUGACUAGGUUUCAACACCGUGUUGCUGUGCAGCACUCGGAAUGAAAACACAGGGAUAGAGUCUGUGGUCUUAAUGUAAGCUUUUCGAGGACGAUGGGAGAAAUGUCAGAACGGAGGAUAAUUUCAACGUGGGAAGGAGCAGUACGCCUACUGGAGGGGAACCCCCUUGUUUGCGCUGUUACGCAUGCAGACACGGAAAAAUCUACCGUCCACGCACGCACAGCACACUGAGUCAUAACGAAACGGUAUCCACAACUUCCACGUCGUGUCUUCGGGACUCCACAGGAUUACCAUGGUGGCAACAUAAACCAGGGCAGAGAAAAAGACGUUUAAAAUCAGACUGCGUCGUCUUUCGGCAACACCUGUGGCACACUGCACUUCACUCCAACAUGACGGGGCAGAGUCUAGAGGAGAUGAACGGAUGUUGUUGUGAGGAAAAUACAAUAAGCAUAAAUGUCGGAGGGCUCAAGAAAAGACUUCUGCCUAACAUGCUGUCUCGGUUUCCAGAGACCAGGCUGGCUCGUUUACUGCAAUGCCACUCGAAGGAGUCUAUUCUCGAACUGUGCGAUGAUUACGACGAUGCUGAAAAAGAGUUCUACUUUGAUAGAAAUCCAUCACUGUUCCCUUAUGUUCUGAAUUUUUACAACACCGGUCGACUGCACGUCAUGGCAGAGCUGUGCAUUUUCUCUUUUAGCCAAGAGAUAGAAUACUGGGGCAUCAACGAGUUCUUCAUCGACUCCUGUUGCAGUAAUGUUUAUCACUGUAAGAAAAUGAAGCCCGAAGAACAGGAGGAUUGGGAUGACAGAAGCGACGGGGGUAACACCACUUGUUCUUUUGACGAGGUGUUGGAGUUCUACAGCGAUGCGACUAAGUUCGACAAACAGCCGCUCGGAAACGUGAGGCGAAGGGUCUGGUUGAUGCUUGAUAAUCCUGGGUAUUCCGUUGUCAGUCGGAUAUUUAGUGCGCUCUCUAUUCUGGUCGUACUGGGUUCACUUGCGACUAUGUGCAUGCAUAGCAUGUCUGAAUUCAUUAUGUAUGACAGUGACGGAAGACAGCUUGAUGACCCCCGCUUCCAGACAGUGGAACACUUUGGAAUAGGGUGGUUCACAUUCGAACUGGUUGCGAGAUUCGUGGUGGCUCCAGAUCUCAUUCACUUUUUUGAAUAUCCGUUAAACCUGAUUGACCUGGUAUCGAUCUUGCCAUUUUACUUGACGCUGUUUGUAAACCUGGCGGUGGAGAGCAGCCCGGCCCUGGCCAAUCUCGGCCGCGUGGUUCAGGUCCUUAGACUGAUGAGAAUCUUUCGCGUCCUGAAACUCGCCCGCCACUCCACCGGACUCCGCUCACUGGGAGCAACGCUGAAAUGCAGCUACAGAGAGGUGGGCCUCCUGUUGCUUUAUCUGGCUGUAGGAGUCUCCUUCUUCUCUGUGAUGGCCUAUACUAUGGAAAAAGAAGAAAACGACGGACUGAUGACUAUUCCUUCCUGUUGGUGGUGGGCGACCGUAAGCAUGACCACCGUGGGUUACGGAGAUGUGGUCCCGUGGUCUAUAGCAGGGAAAUUGACAGCCUCCGCUUGUAUCCUCGCGGGAAUCCUUGUGCUAGUGCUCCCUAUCACGCUGAUUUUCAACAAGUUCUCAAUCUUCUAUAAAAGACAGAAACAGCUGGAGAUUGCGAUGAGGACCUGCGAAUUCGGCGAGGACCUUGGAGAGGUCUCCUCUAUUAAUUUACGUAACUAUUACGCACACAAAGUAAAAUCACUGAUGGCAAGCUUGUCCAAUAUAAACCGGAUGUCUGAAAGUGAACAAAGUCUAAAUGAUUCCAUACGUUGAUGGCGCCUGGUAUACAGAGAGCAACAUAUGUUAUAUUGUAUGUAAUUUAUUGUACUCUGGCAUUAGAGAAAUAUGGGUGUGAAACUGUGCGACAUUGUAUAAUUCUUAUAGGUAAAUAUUACAUCGCAUGGAUAGCCAGUCUUUUUAACUAAAUCUGGAGCCAGAGACCGUCACGUGUGAGUCGUGGUCUUACUUGCCUGUUGGGACCCAUUAAGAUGGAUCAUCUGCAUAUAAAUAAUAGCCUAUAGCAUAUUCAGGCCACAACUACAGUCUACCCUAGUCAAUAGUGAAGGAAAUGUACUGUGUGCAUUUCUUCAAGGAACAUUGCGUGAUAGAACAGUAGAUAUUCGGCGAUAGCGCAUUAUAAGUGCCACUCAAAUGUAUUCAUGUGUUCAUUUUAUGAAAGUUUCGAUAUACAUCUGUGUUCUUGUGGACAGACACCAUCGCCCAUUUUCAUAAAGUAUCUCAGAGUAGGAGUGCUGAUCUAGGAACAGUAUAUUACAAAUAAAGAUUGGUUAGGAACUGGGGGGAAAUAUGAUCCAAAAUCAGCACUUGUGAGUGCUUUAUGAGUACAGGCCUAUGUGUAUAAAUGGAAAACAAUUAAAACUAAUUAUUGGGCAAAUACAAGCAUUUAUUAUAUGAAAUGUAUUUAAGGUCUUGGAGAAGGACUAAAAUAAUGUUCAUUAGACAUGUCUCAUUAACGAGAAAUAGAGUGAAAGCAAAAUAAUGGAAAUCAUUUGAGAAAGUUCUGUAAAUAAAGUUGGCAGGAAGUGA